CGUCUCUCCUUUCGUUGCUACGCUAGCAUACUUAGCAAAUUAGCUUCCAGCAGCUGUCACUAGCAAUCAGUCAGUGAGUCAGGCGGGCAGUUUACCCGGUGCCCCUUUCACAUUAUAUCCGUAGUCGUAGUCGCAGUCCGCCCCCUUCUCGCCUCGCAGGAAGCCGCGUACGUCAGUAUUUUUCAUUCCGGAGCCAACCAACUGCAACCUCGCCUCUCCCUGCUACCUGUGAUCCAGAUCGUUGCCUUCGCCGACCCGACAAGGAAGAAGCUCUGGGUCAUGGCCAGACCAGAACAAGUCCUGGUGCUGGAGCCGCAACACGAGCUGAAAUUUCGAGGACCGUUCACAGAUGUCGUCACUGCCACUCUGAAGCUCACCAACCCCACAGAUAGAAAUGUGUGUUUCAAAGUCAAGACAACCGCACCUCGUCGUUACUGUGUUCGCCCAAACAGCGGCAUCAUCGACGCCGGGACCUCCAUCAAUGUUUCUGUUAUGCUGCAGCCUUUUGACUAUGACCCCAAUGAGAAGAGUAAGCACAAAUUCAUGGUGCUCUCCAUGCUGGCUCCCUACGACAUGACUGACAUGGAGAGUGUUUGGAAGGAGGCCAAGCCCGAGGAACUGAUGGAUUCAAAGUUGAGAUGUGCCUUCGAGAUGCCUCUUGAAAAUGACAAAGCGCGUGAGCCUGAAAGCUACCACACUGUGCAUUCCUCUACCUCUUCUGUUAAGUCUGAGUACGUCUCUCCGCCAAAGUCAUCCAGCGCCUCGCUGGACGACGGAGAGGUGAAGAAGAUUAUGGAGGAGUACAAGCGGCUGCAGGCAGACGUGCAGAGACUACAAGAAGAGAACAAACAGAUCAGGGAGAACGAUGGGCUGCGGAAGCGAAAAUUGACGGGGCUUGCGGCCCACUCCCCCUCAUCCUCCGUCAUGGCGUCCUUGGCCACGAGAGACGAAGGCCUGAGCACCCGUGUGCUGGCUCUGUGCGUCCUCUUCUUCGUCAUCGGUGUCAUCAUCGGCAAGCUGGCCCUGUAGACGCACAGACAGACUACACCGUGAUGGACGAAUGGACAGACAGAUGGAUGGCAUGGACGGACACGUGUCAUUGACGGCAACAUGAGGAAGUCUUCUUGGCUUUACAUUUUCUCUUGUUCUUAUUGUUAACCCUCAAGGCAAUAUUGUUCUGGCUCGUCAUGGCAGAGCUAAAAAGAAACCUUUGAAUGUGUUCUGAGAAAACAAAGAAGCUAAACCGUGACUUUUCUGUCUUUCUUUUUUUUUUUUUUUUUCCUGUGUGUGAAAUGAUCACCUUCAUUUCCAAUGACUCCGUCCUUAGCUCUCAAUCCUUACGAGCUUGCACGGGAAACAAUUAGUGGUGAUGUGGCUCAAGGCUUCCAUUGAUUCCCGACUGAUGACACUUAAAACCAACACAUUCUCUUAUUACUGAUAAUACACACAGAGCUUGAACACUAGUGAAGUGAGCAUUUAUAUUCUGGACUUCCAACUUUGUGUGUGUGUUUGUGUAUUGUGGGAGAGGGUGGAUGUUUGCAAAAGAAAAGCACAUGUCAGAUAUCCUGUUAUAAGUUAUUGGGGGUUUUGUUCAGUAUCUGCUAUCAGAACCAUAAAGAGAAUACCUUCUAGUCAUAUGAUUAAAAAAAAUCUAUUCGGUUUUCCCAGACUGCACUUUGCCAGCAAUGGCCCUCCACUUGUGUGCGGAAAGAGUGUAGCCGCCAACUCGUUAAACUUCAUGCAAAACCAAUGUGGACGUUUUCAAUAAACACUUGUAUGCAACAACA